AUGCCUGAAUAUUAUCACGUCAUAGAUGGUACGUCGGGUAGCAACGGCUUCGCCAACGGUACCUUUAAUCAGAAGAACGGGACUAGUAGCGGCACCUCCGGGCGCAACACUGAUGGACAUCCGAAUGGUGCAAGUUGGUUUCUACCGGGUGGCUCCGGAGAGUCUUACGACCUAAUCUGUGUCGGCUUUGGUCCAGCAUCUCUUGCGAUUGCUAUUGCCCUCCAUGAACGACAUGCCAAUGCGCGCGUCCUUUUUAUUGAGCGUCAGUCUAAGUUCGCAUGGCACUCUGGCAUGCUCCUCCCUGGAAGUCGCAUGCAAAUCUCAUUUAUCAAAGAUCUUGCAACACUUCGGAAUCCGCGAUCCGAAUUCACAUUCAUCAACUAUCUCCACCAGAAGGGCCGUUUGGUUGCAUUCACCAACCUGGGAACUUUCUUACCAUUGAGAGAGGAGUACAACGAUUACAUGUCCUGGUGCGCAUCACAUUUCGGGGAUUAUGUAAAAUACGGCCAGGAGUGCGUUUCCGUGAGUCCCACAGAAACAAGCGGAAAGACAGUUAAGAGUUGGGAGGUUGUUUCAAAGAGCAUUGAGACUGGAGAACUUCUGAAGUUGUCUGCAAAGCAUGUAGUCAUUGCGGUUGGCGGAAAACCGAGAAUUCCAGAUGUGUUCCCUCAGAACCCAUUGAACGAAAGGGUUAUCCAUUCAUCAAGAUAUUCGACCGCUGUUCCAUCCUUGCUGAACGAUAAAGACAGAGCUUAUAAAAUCGCUGUUGUGGGAGGUGGUCAGAGCGCUGCCGAGAUCUUCAAUGAUAUUCACUCGCGGUAUCCAAACUCAAAGACCUCAUUGAUCAUCAAGGGGUCUGCUCUAAGGCCAAGCGACGAUAGUCCUUUUGUCAAUGAGAUUUUCGACCCCGAGCGUGUGGAUACCCUCUACACUCUUCCAGCUGAUAUUCGCCGCGAAUCUAUCAUUCAGGACCGCGCAACUAACUAUGGUGUCGUUCGUCUCGAGCUGAUCGAGCGCCUCUACGACACCAUCUACCACCAACGUCUCAAAAAUUCUGAUGAGUCUACUUGGCAACACCACAUUGUCCCCCUGCAAGAGGUUGUGGGAUGUGAAGAAAAUAAGCUUGGAGAAAUUCAUCUCAAGUUGCGAAAUACUAGGUCAGGUUCUGUGGAGACAACAAUUGGAUAUGAUGCGAUUAUCGUUGCGACUGGUUAUGUCCGAAAUGUCCACGAAACAUUGCUGAAGUCAGCAAAGUGCUUAAUGAAGGGCAACAUUUGCGCCGUCGGCAGAGACUAUCGUGUUGAGUUUUCAGAGGGCGCUGUUGCAGAUGACGCAGGUAUCUGGCUUCAGGGAUGCUGUGAGAGCACACAUGGUCUGAGUGAUACUCUCUUAUCAAUCCUUUCCGUUAGAGGCGGAGAAAUCGUGGAUUCGAUCUUUGGUAAAGAGCUUCCUUCCCGCGUCGAAUCCAAGUCUAAGCAUGCGAGUGUCAUCGAGAAAUCUGUGAGAAAAUACGCCGACGCAAUGGUAAAGGAUAUCCUUAAUGGAAUGGGUAUCAAUGGAAAGGUCAUGGAGGUGGUUUGA